UUAUGCUUUAUCCAACACCAGGAAAUGACGAUUUUAAGGUGGAUGAGUGUAUAAGUGGAGAUGAGGAAGAGGAUUUGAAUAUUAAAAAGAAAAAGAAGAAACUCAGUCAAGAAAUUGUAGAGGACGCUGUUGGUGAAAUUUCUUCAAAUUUUCAUUUUGAAGUGGAUGAAGGAAUUGAUGAGGAUGAUAAUAAACAAAAUAAUGAUUUGGAAGGAUUGACAACUUUUUUAAAGAAAAAUCAAAAUAGAAUGUCAACACUUGCUGAAAAAAUUGAAAUGGAAAGAAAAAGAAUUGGGCAGAAAAGUAAUAUUGAUGCUUUAAUGGAAAUUGGGGAAGAUACAUUCAAAGACGAAGAAGAAACAACAUCAACUCCAUUUCCUAUGGAAUUAACCGAAAAGGAAAUAAAAAAUGAUAAACUUCGUUUAAAACAGCUUGGAAGCAAACAAUUUUUUGAGAAAAGUUCUGAUCAACUAGAACAAAAAGUUUCAUCUUUUGACGAGUUAAAUUUGAGUAGACCAAUUUUAAAGGCAAUUUUGGAAUGUGGUUUUCAACUCCCUACUCCCAUUCAAGCUGCAUGUAUUCCUGUUGCACUUGCUGGCCGUGAUAUUUGUGCAUGUUCUGCAACAGGUACAGGCAAAACUGCAGCUUUUAUGCUUCCAAUAUUUGAACGUCUUCUUUACAAGCCACAGGGAAAACGGCCUACAACGAGAGUUUUGGUACUUGUCCCUACCCGUGAACUUGCUAUACAAGUCUUCCAAGUGAGCAAAAGAUUGGCAAAAUACACGAGUGUUGAAAUGUGCUUAGUUGCUGGAGGGCUUGAUGUACGAGCUCAAGAGGCAGCUCUUCGAAUGGGUCUCGAUGUGGUAAUAGCAACACCUGGACGUUUAAUUGACCAUCUACACAAUUCACCGAAUUUUUCUUUGUUAGAUAUUGAAGUUUUAGUUCUCGAUGAAGCUGAUCGAAUGCUUGAAGAACAAUUUAUGGAACAACUUAGUGAAAUAAUUAAAUUGUGUGCUCGAAAUAGACAAACAAUGCUUUUCUCUGCAACACUCAGUGAAGCGGUUGAGGAUUUGGCACGUCUUUCUUUGGAUAAACCAAUUAAACUAUUUGUUAAUGAAAAUACUGAUGUUGCUUUGAAUUUACGUCAAGAAUUUGUUAGAAUUAGAGGAGGAAAUGAAGAAGAAAAUUCUCUCAGAGAGGCUAUGGUUGCUGCUCUUGUAACUCGAAACUUUUCUGAACGAACAAUUAUUUUUGUUCGUACAAAACAUGAAUGUGAACGUUUAUGUAUUUUAUUAGCCUUAAUGGGAUUAAAAACUGGACAGUUACAUGGAGGGCUUAAUCAAGUUCAAAGAGUACAAGCACUUCAUUCAUUUAGAAAACAAAUAGAUGUAAAAAUUCUUUGUGCAACUGAUUUGGCUGCCCGUGGAUUGGAUAUUGAAGGAGUUAUGACGGUAAUAAAUAUGCAUAUGCCAAAUACAAUAAAAAAUUAUAUUCAUCGAGUUGGACGAACAGCUCGCGCUGGCAAAACAGGAAGAGCAAUAUCAAUGAUUGGAGAAAACGACAGAAAACUUGCAAAAGAAAUAUUAAAAGAAAAAACAACAAAUUCCUCAAAUAUAAUUCAAAGAAGUAUUCCUCCAGAAAUUAUUAAUUUAUUUUUAAAGAAAAUUAAACAAUUAGAAUCAAGUAUAGAAAAAUUAAUUGAAGAUGAAAAGAUUGAAAAAAUAAUUUUACAAAAACAAGAAAAACCAAUUGUUAAAACUGAGGGGGGAAAUGUUGUUAAUAAAUUAAUGAAGAGAGGAAUUAAAGAAGUAAAUUUUAUUGGUACUUAUCGGUUAUACGCCCACAAACUAAGUGCCAACCGAAUUUUAUCGGCAUUAACUCUUUUAUGCUUGAUCCAAUUCAAUUAA